AGGUCCAGACUCCUGUGGCAGGAGUGGGGCCUCUGCCAGCUCCUCCUGCGGCAGAUCAGGGUCAUGGCCGUGCUGCCACAGUUACAGCCCCGCUGGAUAGGGACUGAUUCCGCACCCCAUACUCCAGCAGGAGUGGUGCCAGGAACUGUGACCAGAUGGGAACUGCUGCCAGUCCCUCCAAGUACCCUGGCUGGGAGUAUGUGCACCUCCCCUAUAGAGCACCCCCAGCUGGCCCCUUUAAAUUGCCUGUCUGCCUCCUGCAGAGCAGCAUGCUCCAGCUGGCUCCUGCUGGAGCACAGCCUGCUCUUACCAGAGCUGGGCACUGGGGCUUACUUUCAUCUGUUUAGGCACCUAAAUAUCUUUGAGAAUCUGUCCCCAUGAUCCUCUUCCAUACCAUAUUCUGGUGCUCGAAAGAGGUAGAUUACAAAUCUUAAUUUAAGUUCGGUGGAGCUAACUUGCUCUUAUUAAAUAUGUUUCUGUCUUCCAUAUGUUCUUCAUGAAUCCUUGAUUCAUCACUUGGAGCAGCAUUUGACAUCUUAUGUGUAACAGGGGCUUUAUUUGAACUGAUAAUCAUGGCGUCCAGCAAGUUUGUUAUUAAGUGUGGGAACUUUGCUGUUCUGGUGGAUUUUCAUAUUUUGCCUCAAGGCUCCAGUAGAGACUCCAGCUGGUUUUCAGAUCAUGAGAAGGAGGAAGUGUGCUUGCUGCUAAAAGACACUGUUGAUUCAAGAGUCAAGCACUACUUAGACGCUCGUAAACACCGAGGCCAGUGGAAACACACAGAAUGCACACAAUCCAUUCCUUUGUCCAUAAAAGGUGGCAAUUUUUACAUUACAGCCUACUUUACAAAAAGAUGGGUCAAUCUCCGUUGUGUUGUGGGGCAGCAGUCUCGUGAUCUGCGUGUAUUUCCAGACAAAUUUGUGGUUUGUGUCACUAGACUUGAGUCUAAUCCCAGUCCUUGGACAAGCGAAAAUGGAACACUGCAGAAAGAAAAGCUUUCUAGUGAGACCUCCGAAUAUUUUGCCGAAUCUACUGAAAAUAAAAAAUGUGAAAUUCCAGUGAGUCAACAGAUAAAGCAAGAUAUCUUGCAAAAGAUUGUGGAAAGGACAAAAACAAGGAAUGGUAACAUGAACAAACUUCAAACCAACAAGGGCGCAAUGCAAGUGUAUCUUGACUCAAAGGAACAUCAAGCUUCUUCCAAUCAUCUGUCUGAAGUAAAAUUUAGGAGUAUAGGACAACCAAAGGAUUGCAUAAGUACAGCUGAGAGCAACUCAGAGCUUCCUGUCUUUGAACUGGAAAAUCAUGUUAAUCAGAGACAGCCAGAUGAUGCUAGCAGCCAGCAAAAACUUCACUUUGCAGAGUGGUUAAAGAUGAGACUUCUAAGCAGUAACCCUCCAUGUAGCUGUGAGUCAGCACCGCCAGAUCCAAAAGAAAAUCGAACAGUGACUAAAACACAGAAUCAACAAAAGAGUUGUGGUUCCGAAGACGAGUUAGACCAUUGCAAGAAAGUAUCUUCUGAACAGGGCCAUUUAAUCCCCAGAGAUGCAGAAAGGAAAAAGAGCAACUCUGAUUGUUUAGAACCAUCUCUGAAGGAGGAAUCCCUACUGAAUCCCAAGUUAUUUUCUAAGCAAGACUUGGCAAAAAGCAUGUCUGAUGAGGAGUCACUUACUUUGGGAAAAAUUCCCCCAAGACCUGUUUUCAUAAAAAAUAAUAUACCAGUAAUACAAACAAACCAAAAUGAGGCAGCCACAACCACUGAAGAAUUAUCUCUAAUGCCUCUAUCCUCUUAUUUAAAAUCUGACUCCAAACCUUCAGAAAAACUUAUCCAAAAAAGAAAAAAAGAGGGAGAAGAUGGGCCUAGAAAGUUGAAACUACGAAGGUUUAAGAAGUCCUGAUGUAUUAUCCUACCAAGGUGAAAUCAGUUAUGCAAAUAGACUUGUAUUCAAUUGGCAGACAUAUUAUGGUGAGUUUUUAGGAAGCAAUUCAGAAUAGAGAGACGUGAUCUACAUGCAGAAUAUUAAAUGUAGUGUCUGUGUUGCCAUACUUUCUAAUGAUUAAACUGGGUCAUUAAAUGCCUUAAUCAUUUGGAGAUUCAACAAUAGCACACUUGAUUUUUGCCUGUCUGUAUUAAGAUAUUUAAAUAUUUAGGAAAACAAGGAUGUAGUGUUAUACAAUGAAUGAAUAUGCCAUACGUAAAAUAGUAACAUUUAAAGCUAGACAUUCUUUAGGGUUGUGUUUUGUUACUACUAAUAAAUCAGCAUCUGGAGAUCUGAUGACAUUAAAAAGCUAAAGAAACUUCCACUUUUGUCAGUUAACUGGUAUAGAUGUUCUAUUUUUCUGCAGAGUGCAUACUACUAAAUUCAACAUUUUAUUAAUUGGUACAAGCUCAUCAUUUAGACUUUUAGAAGAGAAAAUACUUGGUUAAUUCUUCUGGUCUUUGAAAUUUUGUAAAGCAAAUAAAUAUUAACAAAAAAGUACCCUAGUGUAAUGUUCUCAUCUAAAAUAUUUUCAAGUAACACUUUAGCCAUAUUAAAACUAUUGAGUGUGGCAGUCAUUUAAGGCCUGAUUUUUUGAUCAGAGACUCAGUAUAAAUGCCCACAGCUAUACAAGCGCUAGCUAUAUACACAGGAGAUAAAAUUUUCACAUGCAUAUUCCAUUGAGAGAAAUGAACCUUCAUGUGCAGGAGUUAUGGUUGGAGAAGGUGCAUGCAUAGUUGUGUACAUUUGUAAGCGCAUGCACAAACAUUAAAAAUCAGAAAUGAUUUGUGCUUGAGGGCCACUUUUUAAAGCUUCCUUCGGGGUAUUUGGGUUUGAGCCAAAUCUAUAGUAUAUUUGACUGUUAUCGCUAUGACACUGGGGUUUGUUCCUAAUAUCACAUCUUUUUAAUGUUACUUUUAUUAGCUGUGUACCUCAUUUCAUGUGCCAAUUAACUCAUUAUUUCACUGUCCUUUUCCUAAAAUGGUUAUAAUAAAAUUGCAAGAAAUUUCAUUUUUGAUCAGUCUUAAAAUCAAUAUGACCAAUGAAAUGUCUUCUGCUUGGCCCAGAGCUUACUACUAUGAGUGUCCCCAUGUAUUUCAAUUGGAGUAUAUGUGGCUUCAAGCAUUGCACUUAAUAGUAAGUGUUGGCAGGUUGGGCCUUAAAUGAUAAGUCAUCUUAACAGUUGAACGUAAGACACUGUCAACUUGAACAGAACUUUUGUACCCACAGUUAUUACAAGUAACCCUUCUGAUUACUAUGAACAUGAAAGAGUAAAAAAGAGAGACAUUUUCUCUUCUUUUUUUUCCCAGUUUGGUGACUUUGUGAAUAUGACAGCACUUUUGAAUAGUCCAUUUCAUAGCAUGCCUGUUGAUGCUCACUUUUCCCCAGUCUAUGCAAAGGGUCAUUUAUGAGUAACAGGAGCAGCAAAGCUGAAAGUGAAGCGGUAUCCAACAGAAGUUUACAUACGGGAAGAAUGGACAUUUUUAGUGUCAUCCUCCCCCCCCGAUCAUUUUAGACAUCAGGAGGGAAACAGAAAACAUUUACAUAUUUAUUAACUGAUUUAAAAGCUAUAUCCAGGUAUUAUUCAAAAGGUGUUGUGUCAUUAAACUGAUAAGAGAAAUACUCAAUUAACAGUGAUGUAUUAAAGUAUCAGUACAAGUAGUUUAGAUAAGUAUAUUGUUGCAUGCAUAGUCUAACUGAAUUAGUUUAAUAGUACAGAGACUGAGACAAGGAAAGGAUAUGAGUAUGUGUUGCACUUCUCAGUUUCCAUUCUUUCUAAUUGCCUGGAUCCUUUUUUGCUGAGAGCUUUCCAAUACAUUCUAGGUUGUAAAAUAAUUAGGGUGUUACCUACAGGAGAGGUUCUGAUGAUAAUCCGUUAACAUGAAUUGACUUGAGUAUGGAAAAUCACUUGAAUUUCUUACCAGUUUAUCCCUGUCUGGUUCAUCAUGUCUCUGCAAUCUCAUUGACUACAGCUAUAAUACAUACUAACAUGUUUGAGAAAGAGGGUCUCAAAUUUCUGUUUAUUAUAUGUUCUUAAUGCUUUAAAGCUUUCUUUCACAGAAGAGGAAAAAAAUAGUUGAUUAAUUGAAGCAGUUCUAAAACGGAAAAUCUGACUGAAUACUAGGGAUGUAAAAUCCUGUUUAAAAUGCUAACCGAUUAAACGGUAUGUAUAACCGGUUAACUGGCCUGUUGCACCACAGGCAGGGGGCCAUUGGAGUAGCCCCCAGUGCAGUACAGUGGGCCCAACCAUGCUGGAGCAGCUCCCCACUCUGCCGUGUUGUGGCAUAAUGGCCCUGGCCGGGCUGGUACCAGUAACCCCAGUAAGCAUGCCAGUAAAGCACUGUUUACCAGGUAACCAGUUAACUGGUUCCUCCUUUAUAUUACUACUGCACACAGUAUGUAUGUCAUCAUGUAUUAUUAUUAAGUCUAUAUUACAGUUCAAGGUUAAAUUACAUUUUCAGUUGAAAGAUUCCCUUGAAUUUAGUUUUCAUCUUAAUUGAAUAAGAUAGAAUUCAUUUACAUCUAAAGCUGUUAUUCAGACAAGAAAUUAUCCAGUGGUGAGACUUUUCAAAGUACAGUACCUUGGUACUGUAUACUCCCCGAUUGCUCCUAGACCUUCAGCUUGCACUGCUUUGCAUAAUGACCAUUUUUAAUCCAUGUAAGACAGACCACCAUGAAAGUUUCACUUACGUAUGUAUGGGCUGACCUUGCUGAAGAUGUUCCUACUUCUGUGACCAUCAGGUUGGAUUAUUGCCAGACACUCUUGUUAUGGUUGCCCUUCUGAUCUUGGCUAUCCUUGGUCUUUAAGGCUGUUCUGAUGCACUGUCCAACCACAUAUAACUCAUUGACAAAAAGUUAUCAUCCAAGACCAUGUUGGUCGAUGGUGUUGUCCAAUGGCUUAAGCUAGGGUUAGGAACAAAAAAUUGUAAGAAAUGUUUUUGAUGGUCAGUGGAUUGUGAGCUAGCAGUUUGGAUUAUUGGGACCCCCAUCUUCCAGAAAAUUUGCUUCAGAACAUGAUCACUAUACUUCCAGACAAAAGUAAUAUUAAGGAUUUGGUUCUAUUCUGAAGCGAUGAUGAAGUAGUUUGCAUGAAAUAAUAAAUAAUUUGUGACAUGGGGGCAUACUUUUUUUUUUUUUUUUAAGUGGAACUUAAAACCAGUGAGAACUGAAAAAGCUGACGGGCAUAAUUUGCUAGAAAUUCUACUGCCAGCACAGCUGGCAGAUGUCUGUCCAGAGAGGUCCAGGGAAAGGUUAACGCUGUGAGAAACUGACUGGUCAACUCCAGGAAAUGCAAAAAUCUUGCUUAAAAAUAUGCAUUUGCUGUAAAGAAUGAGACCUCCUUGCCUUAAAAAAAAGCAUUACCCACUAAAUUUAAACUGCUGUGAUUUCUUGAAUACACACAUAAUUGAAACAGUUCUUUCAAAGCUGGGUAAGCUGUAAUGUCUGAAAACUGUCAGACUUUUUGUGUUAACAUUAAAGCUGUUAAAAUAUUAAACUUAGUAAAUGUCUUAAAUCAAAGGCUGGUUUGGCCUUUACAAGUUUUAUAUAUGAAGAGAAAGCUGUUAAAAUCUGUUCACUUUGGGCUAAUGUUAAUCUGCAGAAAUAUUACACAGUGAUCAGAGGGCUUAUCAUAGGAGUAAUAAAUCAUGUGCUUGUUCUGGUUAGUCUGCAUGUCAGAAGUCACAUUUGUGUCUCAAAGAUCAGACUAUGUAUUUGUAUGUGUUUAUGAUUGUACAGCACCCAUUUCAGCUGUUGUUCUUGGCUCGGUAACUGCAAAAAAAACGCACCACUUAUUUUGUUUCCACCAAAAAAAGAACAGAAUCAGCAGAAAACUCAGUUGUUCUGCUAAGGAAACUUGUGCUCAAGUGAGUUGUGCAAAGUAAACUGCCCUGUAAGAUUGACUCCUCAG